AAGGCAUCUGUACCGUACGCCGCUGCUCAGACAAAAGCUGACCCUGUGCCAAGGGUACAGCACAUGGAGGCUCUGCGCACAGAUGGAUCCCGCCAAUCACCGCCGGCAACGCCUACGGAACGUGCACGUGAUGCCGCACGUUGGCUAUUUUUGGGACUCCGGAUGGUCUUAAAGUGUAUGCACAUCGCGCCAUUCCUCGGAGAGCCGCCAGCAACGCUGGCAUGAACCUCAUCUGAAGUGCGGCUCGCGACGCAGCACCGGGGCAGGCUGCUCUGGGACUCGAGGAGCCGGCUGAUCACGUCGGCAGAAGAAGAGAUGCUUCAGGUCUGAAACGUCAAAAGGUCGAACCGACUUGUGUCAAGCAGUGCGAGCAGAAUCCGUGCAAGCACGUUUGGCAGGGGUCGAUGCAAAGGACUUAGCGACUCCAAAAGGCAAAUUACCUGGAGCCCAGCGUCAAUGACUGUGAAAAACUUCGACUCCGAUCAGGAGGCACGUACAGCAUACACUGCUUUGCCGAACGGUGCAGAAGCAACAUGCUCCCCUGUGGAUCAGGAUUGUGAAAACCGUCAAACAGCUUGGCUGACAAAGUGCGUUGUCACCGUCUCGUUCACGUUGAUGGCGCCAUUUCAAGCGCCGGAGGAAACAAUGUGGGUCGCGGACUGCGUCUCGGCUUCGCACGUUUCUGAACCUUCACUUUGCACCGCAUCAACGGUGCUUUGCGCCGGACAGUGCGGCACAUCUGCCCAAUUCUGGGCUUAAGCCGCGUAAGCUGCCCCACGGCUUUCCGGCUUCACUUUGGCAUGGGACGCCCAUCAAUUGAGCUCUUUCCGAGAGGGAGCGGAAGUGGCCUCUGAGUCAUGGUUGCUACAGGAGGAGGAUCUGCUGGUACAAGUCUCAAAGCAUGACAUGCUUAACGUUCCUGAUGUUGUCAGUUUCGCACGCCAGGUGCCUUACGGCACAAAGUUUGCUCGCCCUCUCCCGUCUGGCACACGUGUAAGUCUAUCGCUCGCACACGUAUAAGUCUAUCGCUCGACGCAGCAGCAUAUCGCUCUGUACUGACACUCCAACGUCGGGCUCGAGUCGCUUCUCGUCUUUCUCGCCGACUCCAGUAUUCGAAAGUUUCGUCACGACUGCAGCAGUCAAUUACAGUCGCA